AUGAACGCCGCGCCCCGUACUCACCCAGAGUACCACGACCAAGGCGGCCUGCCGUCCACCAUGUUCCAUGCCGCGCCGGCCUCUGUUGACGCGUACGACGACAACAUGUCCACGAUCCAACGUGCCGGGCUUCGCCAGACAUCGCUUUCUGCGCACAUCCAACAACAACAGAAAAAGAAGCACCGGCCGAAAACCAUGAUGUUGGGCGACCCGAACGCGUCGGGCAGCUCUCCCACGGCCUCCAUGGCUCCUCCGUUUGCUCCUGCGAUGGGCAAUCACGGGUUCAGAGUCCAGUCCAUGGGGAGUGUCGGAAGCGCGUCGAACUCGUCGCUGCCGUACGGAUACCACGAUUUCCAGCAGCCGGGCAGCCCGUACGGCGGCUCGCGGCAUUCUCUGCCGGCGAAUCGGUCGCCCACGAUCUCUGGCUCGCCGACGACGUUAAAUCCUGAAUAUAUGAGAUACGCUCCUCCGCCCGGCCCUGGGCCCGCUGCUGCGCAGUACGUGCCCAACAGGAUCAUCACGCCCGGUCUGCGGAAAGUCUCGCCGGCCACGCCGCCGGCGAAUUCGGCGAACCACGCCGCGCGCGUCUCCAUUAGCUCGGCCCUCUCGUUUAUUGGAUAUUCUCCUAAAAAGGAGAAUGGCGUCUUCACGCCGGACUCGUCGACGGGGAAGGCGCUGGAGGACGAUUUUCCGGACGCCGUUGACGACGACGCGCCGCCGCUGAGUGAGCAGGUCGCUCAACUCAGACAGCGGGUCGAGGAGCUGGAGCUCGAGAAGACGCGGCUGGAAAAGGACAAGUCCAGCGAGCAGGAAAAAUCAGACAUGCUCGAGCAGCUGCUCAGCGAGAAUGCGGCGCUGAAGGAGGAGUUGGAGGCCAAAAAAAGAGUUUCCGAGAGCAGCCUCGAGGAGGUGAGACAGAUGCAGGAAAAGCUGGAUCUCGCAAACCAGGAGAUUACGUCGAUGACGGCGGUGGUCGAGGCGGUGGUGGCCGCCCUUCCAGAGCAUAUAAAGAGCAAGGACCGGUUCCUGGACUUCGCUGCCAAGACGCAACUAGACCUACGGUUCAAAGACAAAAUAGACACCACAGCAGCCGCUUUCAAGCAGGAGCAGGGCCCGAUCGACACGGACGACAAAGUGCUGGACAUGUUCCGUGAGGAGGUCAGGGCGCUGAGCGAGAAAGUGGCCCAGCUGGAGAAACGCAAGACAGAAACGGAAAAAAUCCUCAAACACCACAUAUACACGGGGAACCAGACCAUCAAGCAGCUGGCCCAGCGGAAUCGCGCCGUUUCGAGCCCGGCAGGACCGAAGAAGGAGCUCAAGAUCAUCGACAUCGUCCAGCCGACGCUCAGCGUCGCGGAGAUGAAGACAGGCCGUGCUAGAAAAUGA